UUUAAUAAUUAUAAUAAAAUCAUCUUUUAUCUCUCUUAAUUAUUACACACCCCCAUCCAAAGUUCAGCACUAACACACAACCGAGCCAGUCUCAAGACUCGAACCUUUUCGCGUACACUAACACGUCUUUGCCAAGCUCUCAAGUGGUUCUCUCUAUUUACCUCAUAUCCUCUUUGCCAACGGCCGCAAGUCUCAUUGCAUUAUGAAGUCGCUUACAUCUAUUAUCGCAGUUUUCUCGGUCUGGGCAGCAUGCAUGGCAGUUGGUCAAGCUGGUUAUGGCUGCUACAAAGGUCGAUGCUGGGCCAAUUGUGGUGUCAGCAGCUUGGAAUGGUGCUACACUACUAAAGGCUCGACGUGGGACGGUCAGUACGUCCCUUGCUCAUCGAACGGCGAAUGCCAGCCCCAUUGGUCGUGCGCUGGAGCCUGUACGGUUUAACUCUAUGUCUAGAGUCCUCGUCAACAAGUCGUUAAAAGCCAAUGUAUUUUUAAGCUUUUUAAAUUGAAUAAGAUACUUUCCAUUUCUAGGCAGAAAAAAAAAAAGAAUAAAGUCAAAAUCGG